CCUAAAGCAAAUAUGAACAAAACAAGAAAAUGAAUCGGUAUCAUUCAACGUGUUACUUCUCUUUGGUUAUUAAAGGCAGUUCUGAAAAGUAAUGGAUCAAUCGUAUAAAUCAAAAUUCAACAAAUUCAAGUGCAGUGCAAAAAUAAACAAUCCAAAGUGCAACCGUCAUAAUCUACGGGGCAUGUCAUUAAGAUUGACAGAUAAGAUUCAUUCCAUGGGAUAUACACAUGAAAUCGACGAAUCGAUGAGUAUUUGUGAGUCAUGUCGUGGAUUGAUAAGUCACAACAGAAGCCCGAAUACGAAAAAACGCCGAUCGGAUGGAAACGACGAAACUAUGCAACCAUCAUUUAGUGGGCAGCAACAUCAUGAUGUUCCAGAACCAGAACCGUCAACGAGUGGUCAACAAAUCGAACAUGAGCUGGAUAUGGUACCAUCUAUUCCAUCAUUGGAGUCAAUUCCGUCAACAGAUCAACUACAGGGUCCCCAUAAUAUUGAGAAGUUUAAUACCAUUGCUGAAGCAUUGAGUUUAUCGCCAAUCUCAUCUAGAAACAUGAGAAGUAUGGAAUAUCGCAUAAACAAAUCAUUGCAGAUUACGAAAGCAGUUCGAAAAAAUAUCUUCGGAAUAGAUUCAACGGAUGUUGGCAAAGUGGAGGCGUAUGACGAGAUAAUUAUGCAGUUAAAGGAUAAGUUCAAUCACCCUACAACUGACAGAAGCGAACAGAUUAAAAUACUAUCUGUACUUCCUAAGUCUUGGUCGGUAAAUGAAAUCACAAGAGAGUUUAACGCACCAAUGUAUAUGGCGAGGCAGGUGAAGGAUCUUGUUUAUGAACAGGGUAUUCUUUGUACCACCGAAAAAAGAAGGGGGCAUGGUAUUGAUGACGAUACAAAACAAAUAGUAAGAGAAUUUUUUGAUGAUAAUGAUAUCAGCAGGCCAAUGCCAGGAACAAAUGAUUUUGUUUCUGAGGUUCGAAAUGGAAAAAAACAACAAGUUCAAAAACGACUUUUGAUGAUGUCGCUCAAAGAGGCUUAUAUGAUUUUUGUAGAUAUGUACAAAACUGGGAAUAUUGGUUUCACAGUAUUUACACAGUUGCGACCAAAGCAUUGUAUUUUACUUGAUUCUACUGGUAUACAUAAUGUAUGCAUAUGUACUAUUCAUGAAAAUGUAAAUUUAAUGUUCAACAGUAUAAGAAUUGUGUCACAAGAUGAAAUAAUACAAAAAAUGCUUUGCGAUAUUUCCACCAGAACAGAUAAUUGCUUUUUCCGUGCUUGUGAAAAGUGUGCUUGUAAUGAACACAUUGAAGAGGAACUUACAUUGAUAUUAGAAUCAAAUGACAAAGAAGAGAUUAUAUUUCAGCAGUGGUUGAAUACUGAUCGCUGUAAUUUAGAAACGAUUAUUAAACCUGUUGAUGAAUUUGUUCCGUAUCUUGUUGAUAAAAUUGACAAACUUAUAACACACGACUUUAUUCAUAAACAACAAUCAUCAUUUCUCAGAAAUAAAAAAGAUACAUUAAAGGAUGAUGAAAUUCUUGCGAUUUGUGAUUUCUCUGAAAACUAUUCAUUCAUAAUUCAAAACGCUGCUCAAGGAUAUCAUUGGAACAACUCGCAAGCAACAAUACACCCAUUUGAAAUUUACUAUAUGAAAGAUAAUAAACUUGUAAAUGUUAGCUUCAUUAUCAUAUCGGAAGUAAUGGCUCACGAUACAGUUGCGGUCCAGCUGUUCAUCUCAAAAAUGAUAGAUUAUAUGAAACAAUUAACGAACUUUUCUAAAAUUUAUUUUAUGUCUGAUGGGGCAGCAUCACAAUACAAAAAUAAGAAGAACUAUGCUAGUCUAUGUAGAUUCCAGUCAAAGCAUGCAUUAAGAGCAGAAUGGCAUUUUUUUUGCAACGUCCCACGGUAAAGGUCCAUGUGAUGCUAUUGGUGGCACUCUCAAGCGAAUGGCAAAGAGAGCAAGUCUUGCUCGAGAUUAUGGAAAUACCAUAACAACUCCACGAGAGUUAUAUAACUGGGCAGUUGUACAGACAGAUAAAAAUAUAACUAAAUUAAAUUUCUGUUACGUAUCCACUGAACAGUACAUUAAAAUGUCAGAAGAUCUCGAAGAAAUAUAUAAUAACGCUAAAACAAUACCAGGCACUCAGAAAUUCCAUAGUUUUUGCCUAUUCCUGGCGACAAAGUAAAGGCAAACAGGUAUUCUAAUUCAGAAGAUGAACCAAAAAUAUUUAGUAUAAUCGGAAAAAAAUAGAAAAGAACAUGUUUGAAAUUGGCUCUAAGACACAUAUAUAUAUAUUUGAAAAAUUCAUAAUUAUAAAUAAUUGUAUAUUUAAAAGUGCACUUCAAUACAUAUUGCGAUCAAACAUUACAUUUCCUAAGAAAAUACAUUUGUAAUAUUUUCAGUUUUUUAUGUAUAGGAAAACCCUUCCAAAUGAUUGAAUAAAUAACACAAAAUCUCCUAGAAAAUUGAGUUUCAUUGGAUUCUGGGAUUGUUAUGGCCUUCACUGGUUUUAUUGUUGAUAACAAAAUACACUGAAAAAAAAAAUCAUUCGAACAAGAAAAAGUUUUUGUUAGAAAAACUUUUUUUCCUUAAAAGUGCCUAUCUUGUGAUGUAUGGACGGUUGGUAGGGAACAUAAUUACCUGUCUUGAGACAAAAUUUCAUCAAAAUCAAAAAUGGUGUUUUUUUUUUAAUCAACUUUGAAUUUUUAGAAAUGAUUUUUUUCAGUGUAGGGCUCAUUUAGGAUUUUUUUCAGUAUUUUUUUCUUAAAAUUUGACUUAUUUUGUGAUAAUUACCCAUACAACACUUUUUUUUAGGAGUAGUCAUUUUUUGAUUAAAAACAUUUUUAAAAAAUCCAUAAAAAAAGUUUAGCCCUUUUCAAAAGUCAGUCGAGAAAAAAAAUUAAAAAAAUGAGUAUGCAAAGUGGCUUAUCUGGGCAAGGUCUACACACCAAGAAAGUUUCGUUGUAAUCUGAGAGGGUGCUGCCAACAUUUGUUCGAGUUGGCGCGAAAUCCGUCUA